AUGCGAGUGCUGUUGCAAAUCUGGAAGAGCCGAAGGCCAAACUCGGAGCAGAACUGGCUCGAGAUCCGCCGGGACCUGAGCGCGCUGUACAGCAGGUUCUACGGCGGGUUCCUCCUGGGGUUCGUGAUCAUGUACUGGUGCGCGAACAGCCCGUGGUUCAUCGCGCUGCUGUGCAACUCUUAUUGGCUCCCGCAGAUUGCGUGGAGCGCUUGGCACAACGCGAAGAAGCCGCUGAUGCCCGCGUACGUCCUCGGCACGAGCGCCAUACGCCUGUUGGUGCCCCUGUACGUGUUCGGGUGCCCCGAGAACUUCGUGCGCGUCAAGCCGCAGUUCUGGGUGUGCUGGCUUCUCGUCGUUUGGGUCGCGGCGCAGGUCGCGGCGCUGGCGGCGCAGCACGUCUUUGGCCCGAGGUGUUUCAUCCCCGAUAAAUACCUGCCCGAGGUGUACGACUACCACAGGAGGGUGGAGCCGGAGGUGCUUGCGAGCGCCGGGGCGGGCGACGAGGAGUGCGGCGAGGCUGGCGGGGUGGAUUGCGUCAUCUGCAUGAACGCGGUCGACGCGAAGACACCGAGGGAGCGGAUGGUGACACCGUGCAACCACUUCUUCCACCAGGAGUGCCUGGAGCGGUGGAUGGAGGUGAAGAUGGAGUGUCCGACGUGCCGCGGGGCGCUGCCCCCGCUGUGA